AAUUUUUGGAGGGAGUGGAUGUGGUAAGAAGGAAUCAAACAAAAAAUCUACAUGGUUGAGAAAGACCAAGAAAGUGUGGCUUGUAGUAGCUGCUAAACUAUUGGCUUUGCCAAUGUCAUUUUGCAAUAUGUAUGAUUUAACAUGAUUAUGCAAAUGGGUAUUCUUUCUGUAACCCCAAAACCCACCAAAAAAACAUCCUUCUCUUACUACAAAUUCUCCUUCAAUUCUUCCAACAUUUCUGGGUUAUCAAGGUCCUUCAUUACUUGUUCCACCAGGAAGAGAUCCCAGCAACCUGGAGAUAGCAAAGACAAUAAUAAUAAUAAUGAUGAUUCCGAAGACAAAAAAUCUGGUGACAAAUUCUCAACUGAUUGGGACAAGGCAUGGUCGAGCUUUAAAAAACAAGGCAAGAAGAGUCUAACAUCGCAGUUUUCUCCAAACAAGUAUGUAAGUUGGAAUCCAAGGCGAUCAAACUACCCUCUAUCGGAAGAAGUUGAUCCCAUCAAGAGAACCGAGAGAGCGAACCUCUUGUUGUGGACGAGUCCUAAGUUUACGCUUGGAUUGGCCAUUGUGAUAGUCUCAUUGUUGUUGGUUUACACCCUUCUUGCUCCAAUGAAGUGAUCUUAUUUCAUGGAAAAAUUGAGUGAAUGUCUUUUAUGUGUGUUCUUUUCCAUUCCCUUGGCUCAGUGUAUAUAACUUUAUGACACUGAAGGAUAUUUCUACUGUCCUGUAUCUAUAGGGACAGGCACCAUGACAAAUUUUAUGCAUAUAUUUGUUUUGGCCGGCCUAGAAAUUGCAUAGCAUGUAACACAUAAAAAUAUUAGUCGAGCUGGUUCAGCAUGCAUGUAGAAAUUAGUAUUUGUCUACUCUAUACUACAUACUAGCUAGUAUCUUGGACUUAAAACAUUUGGUAAAUCAAAUGAUUCACUAAUCUAAUAGCAAAAUGAUAUCUGGUUUUUGAUUUCUCAUGAAUAGAAUUAUGUUUUUUGAUCAUAUUAGUAAUAUAGAAAGUUGGAGAUUAAGAGACUUAA